UAGAUUGGCAACAAUGUAGCAAUUUCUUAAAAUGUCCACUGUAGUUUGUGUGUGGAUCUCUGGCGCUGGCUAAUGUCUGCGAUAGGAAAAGCAACUGACAUGACUUCUCUUCUUUAUUAAUAUUUAUCCUGUAUCUAUUUAAAGUCCGCUAACGUGAGGAUAAGGAAUGUUUGAUUGCUUUUAUUUGUAGUUAUUUCUACUCUUGAUGUUUACCAUGGCUGCACAAGAAGCUGUAAGUCCUGAAGUAAUCGUCCCUGUAGUUGAGGCACCUUGUCCUGAACCAGUAAAAGAAAGUUCAUUGGAAACUUUAAUGGAAAAACUGAAAUCUAAAGCUGGUCAGUAUCGAUCAUGGAUGGAGAUGUCAAAGUCUUUGAGAGUUGCAGUAAUGGAAAAACGCCAUUUGAUGAAUGCUAGUGACCGUUCUCAGUUGCAGAAAGUAUUGGACACUUUACAAAAAUCCAUUAAAGUUACCUCUCUGCGAAGCAUGAUUGAAAGAUUAGAAAGCAUUAGUAGACAAGUUCAAGGGGUAAAGUUUUCUAACCGCUAUCCAACUCCUGAGUUAUACCUUUUUAAUGACAUGUUCUACGUUGAGAUACUUUUGGAAAAUAGUGGUGCUGUGAAAGAUGUAAAGAUUAAUCAUCAAGCUGACCAAGCAUCAACAACUUGUCCCGAACUUGUCAAAGUCCUGAAGUAA